AUGGCCUUCGGAUCCGCGGGUGCUCGGCCGAAGGGGAGGGAGCGAGGAAUUAGAAAGCUGCUUGGGGGCGGGGGCAAAGUUUCAGCACCACGCACGGCUGCAGCCCCCCUGCUGAUACGUGGAGUUCGUCAGGCACCCCAGUUCUAUUUCCUCCUUGUGGCCUAUCCGCCCCCUACAGCCUCCCCAGCCUGCAGCGUUUGUAGCAGGAUGGGGUGGGGGAAGGCGGAUGAAGAAGAAGCGGGAAUUCCUUACCAAGAAGAGAUGAAGAGGAAAAAUAACAAUAUUUCAAAUGAGGGGGAUGGGGAACACAAAGACAUUGAAGGUGAAGAAAAUAGAAUGUGCCCUCAUUCCAUUGUCAUUCCAUAUGAAGAAGCUGAUAGAUGCCCAAUAUGUCUUUCCUGCAUAUUAGAGAAGGAAGUUGGUUUUCCUGAAAAUUGUAAUCAUAUCUUCUGCAUUACCUGUAUUCUUAAGUGGGCAGAGACUCUGCCUUCAUGUCCAAUUGAUCGAAAACCGUUUCAGGCAAUAUGUAAAUUCAGUGCAUUGGAAGGUUGUAUUAAGGUACAAGUACCAAGACAAUUAAGAGAAACAGAUGAUAAGAAACAUGAAUGCUCCUUUAAGAAACAGGAUUGCCAUUCUGUAAAUAUUAAAAGCUGCAUGAGAAAAAGAGAAGAUGUAAAAAGAGAUCUGUUAAGUGCAGAAUUUUAUAAAGAUUUGAAGAAAAUGCAUAGAAAUACUUCAAAUAAUGAAAUGGUGAAAAGGAAAGCCACAUUAAUUAAGAUAAAUAAGCCUCAAAGACAGAACUGUCCAAAUCACUGGUUCCAAAAUUAUUUUUCCAGUGUAUUUUCUUCUGAUAAUCACAUUGGAGAAUCUUCUUGUACCAUUAGGAGUUACUGUACAGGAUUUACAGAAUUCACUGAAAUUGACUCAAUGAUUAGACAAAAGAGACAGGAACUACAAUUGUCAUGGUUCUCUGAUACAUUACCUGGAGUUGCAAGAGUUGGUUUCAUUCCUUGGAUGGCUGGAGCUGAAAUCAUUCCUCUUGUUUCCUCUAUGUUGCCAAGAACAAUUUUUCCAAUGAAUACUAUUUCUUUGGAGGACUUUGGGUCAUUUUGCAAGGAACAUGUGCUAGCACAUACACAAGGGGGAGAGGAGAAGAAACAAACUUCAGGCACAUCAAAUAGUAGAGGAACAAGAAGAAAGCCUGCAGAAACAACUCCUAGGAGAAGAUCUACACGUAAUAUGAAAUCUGAAACUGUUAGUCAGUCUCAGAAUUCACCGAUUUCAAAUAAUUCUGAGUGUGAUGCUCCAGAUAGCAAUAAUUCAUCGGUAAAUGUUUCCACUUCAGCAGAUUCCAAGAAGCAGAUUAGACCAGUCCCCAAAAGAAAGCCUAAGAGAAGAACUAGGAAGGCACCUGUAGUUAGAAAGAAACUUCGAAGUUCAUCAUCUCUCCCUGAAAAAUCAUCUUCUAGUGAUUCUGCAGAUGAAGAAGUUUUAGAGUCUGACACACUCCCUGUAUUGGAUAAAGAAUGUAUAUCCAAUACAGAAAGUUGCAACUCUUGCAUCAUGCAGCCAGACAUAGAGCAAGAAUCUGCUAAUGGCUUGGGAAGUUUAAAUGAACAUGUAGACAUUGAGGAACUUAAAGAAAAUCAUGGAAAAGAACCGGAUACUGUAGAGAAGUCAUUUUCUGAUUCUGAUAAUCCAGAACCUUCUCUGCUAGUUGAAGAAGAAAUUAAGGAAAUUGAGAACAAAGGUACUGAGAAAGACACUUUGUUUUUAGAAAGUGAGCUCUCUAAGAAUAAUACUGAGAAAGAAGAUGAACCAAUAGAAACUCAAGUUAAAACAUCUGAGCAUUUAGAAUUUGAGGUAAAGGCAGAUGCAGCCCUUGAAAGUCCUCAAAAUGAAUUGCUUACGCAUUCAAAAUCUGAGGGAGAUGUAAACCAGGUUGAUACUAAUUUCAAAGAUGAGGUAUUUGAGAGUACAGAAUCAAAGGUAAAUGAAGAUCAAAGUACAGAGAGUCUCAAAGUGAGUACCGUUGGCCAUCUUGAUUCUGAGAUUAAAGUAUUAUGUGUACAAAGUUCUGAGGUUGAGUCCCUUGAACAUGAAGAAGCAUUACUUGUAGAAGAUCAUGUUCCUGAGAACCCAAAGGUUGAUUUGCUUGAUCAUACAGAAUCUGGUGAACUGGAUUGCCCUGGAAAUGAGGAAAGUACAAUAGUUUAUUCAAAUAAUGAACAUUUAGAAAGUACUCAAGAAAAUAAAAAUUUAUUGAAAGAUGAUCUGUCAGACAAUGAUAAUGUUAACAAAUCUAUAGAAGAGAAGUCUGAAUUUCUUGCUGAAGAAAAUAAAAAUACAGAAUCAUCUAAUUUAGAUAGCGAACAGUUCCCCAAACAUUUUAAUGAGGACAAUAAUGAAACAAUACCUAUGGAAUGUGACUCAUUUUGUAGUGACCAAAAUGAAUCUGAGAGUGAACUGACUGUCAGUGCUAAAACCAAACUGGAGGAAAAUUCUCAAGAUAAAACACAAGAUUCAGAUCUUAUAAGUGUAAAGGGUGCAACACUCACGCUUGAGACUGAAAAUUCUGCAAAUUUAGUAGAUAAGGCUAAAAAGCCUCGAACUAGAAGGUCUAGAUUUCAUUCUCCUUCUACAACAUGGUCUCCUAGCAAAGACAUUAUACGGGAAAGGAAGCGGUCUCAAUCUCAAUCUCCUAAGAAAGACAUAGGAAAAGAAAGCAGAAAAUCUCAUUCUCAAUCUCCCAAAAUGGAAAUUACCAGAGGUCGAAGACGAUCUCGGUCUCAGUCUCGAUCUCCAAAGAGGGAUGUUGCAAGAGAGAGGAAACGAUCUCAGUCUUGGUCUCCAAAAAGAGAGGAAGGCAGGAAGUCUCAGUCACUCUCUCCUAGGAGAGACACUUCAAGAGAGGGUAGACGGUCUCAAUCAAGAACAAAAGAUUCUUCCCCAAGAGAGAAAUCUAGAUCUCGAAGCAGAGAAAGAGAAAAUGACAGAGAUGGGCAAAGGAGAGAUCGUGUUAGGGAGAGGAGGGCCAGAAGGUGGUCUAGGUCCAGAUCUCGUUCUAGGUCAUGUUCAAGAUCUAGAACAAAAAGUAAUAAGUCCUCCUUCAGUAGAAAUGACAGAGACAGUUACUCUCCUAGGUGGAAGGAAAGAUGGACAAAUGACAAUUGGAGGUUUCCCAGGGGAAAUGAUAGAUACAGAAAGAAUGAACAAGAUAAGCAGAAUGAAAACUUGAAAAAAGAAAAAAAUGAAGUUAAUCCAGAUAUUGAUGAACAGUGUUCUGCUGAUAAACAUAAAAAUGACUGUCCAGAUUGGAUAAUGGAAAGAAUAAAUUCAGGUCAAGACCCAAGGACUAGGAAUACAGAGAAAUUUAAAGAUUCUCAUUGGGAAGAAAAUAGACAUGAUACUUCAGGGAAAUCUUGGAAUAAAAACUUUGGUUCCAGUUGGAUGUCCAGCCGGGGCAGAGGCAACCGGGGCAGAAGCACCUUCAGAGCAGGAUUUGGACAUAAUGAACAGAAUGAAAAUAGAUGGCAAAACAGAAAGCCCCUCUCAGGGAACUCAAAUAGUUCAGGGAAUGAGUCAUCAAAGUUUGUUGAACAGCAAUCCUAUAGACGUAAAAGUGAGCAAGAAUUUUCAUUUGAUACCCCUGCUGAUAGGUCAGGGUGGACUUCUGCAUCUAGUUGGGCUGUAAGAAAGACGUUGCCUGCUGAUGUACAGAAUUAUUAUUCAAGAAGAGGGAGGAAUUCCUCAGGCCCACAGUCUGGUUGGAUGAGGCAAGAAGAGGAAACACCUGAGCAAGAUCAAAACCUCAAAGACCAAACCAACCAACAAGGUGAUGGUACUCAGCUUCCUAUAACUAUGAUGCCGCAACAAAUGAAUGUAAUGCAACAACAAAUGAAUGCACAACACCAAACUAUGAAUAUCUUCCCAUAUCCAGUGGGUGUUCAUGCCCCCUUGAUGAACAUCCAACGUAAUCCAUUUAACAUUCAUCCUCAGCUACCCAUGCAUCUCCAUACAGGAGUGCCUCUCAUGCAGGUAGCUGCUCCUGCUAAUGUGUCUCAGGGAUUACCACCACCACCACCCCCUCCCCCGCCAUCCCAACAAGUCAACUACAUUGCUUCACAACCAGAUGGAAAACAAUCACAGGGUAUUCCUAGUGCUUCUCAUGUAGGUAAUAACACAAGUACACCAGUCUUGCCUGCUCCAACAUCAACCCCUGGAAAUAUGGGCACAUUUCAGGGACCAAGUUCUGGUAAUGCUUCAUCAUCAAGUCACAGCAAAGCUCCUAAUGCUGCUGUAAAAUUGGCAGAAAGCAAAGUAAGUGUUACAGUGGAAGCCAGCGCAGAUAGCUCGAAGACAGACAAGAAAUUGCAAAUUCAAGAAAAAGCAGCACAGGAAGUAAAGUUGGCCAUUAAGCCAUUUUACCAAAAUAAAGAUAUUACCAAGGAAGAAUACAAAGAGAUUGUGCGGAAGGCAGUAGAUAAAGUUUGUCAUAGUAAGAGUGGAGAAGUGAAUUCUGCUAAAGUGGCAAAUCUGGUUAAAGCCUAUGUAGACAAAUACAAACAUUCUCGGAAGGGGAGCCAAAAGAAAAACCCAGAAGAACCUGCAUCUACUGAAAAAAAAAUAGGAUGAAAUAGAAGCGCUAAGAACACUAUCAAGAUUAUCUGCAAAGUGCAAUUUCAACAAGUACCAUUAACUGAAAAUUAUACACAACUGUUAUUGAAAUCUGGUUUUGAUAAAAUUCUCUUUUUUCAAUGUAGGUUAUAAUGGUUUGUUCUAAAUUAAUAGAGUUCUGCACUGCAACUUCUUUAUCCCUUUUUUCAAAAACAAAUUGAAAGGAAAGUGAAAAGUUUGAAGGAGAGUGCAUUUGAAUUAGGAAUGUGCUAUAGUAUGGAUACUGGAAGAUGUACAGCAUUUUGACUUGAACAAUGGAGCACAUAAAUUAGAAACAAGUAACAUUGGUUUUGGAAGAGGUAUGUACAUGUAGACUGUAAGCCUAAAUAUAUUAUGGUAGGAUUUUCUUCCUCAUGUCUAUUCCCCUUUGAAUUGUGGUAAAAAUUAAAAUAAUGUAUUGCCAUGGAUAAUAUUUCUGAUAUUAACUAGACAGACUGGUUGCUGGAUUCAUUGUAUGUGUGUAUAUUUGUUUAUAUGUGUGUGUGUGUAUACAUACACAUAUACAUAUAUAUUUUUUAAAAAAAGCACGACUGUCAGAACAGAGAAAAAUGUUUAGAUAGAAAAAUUAUGGACAAUAGUACUGUUCAACUCCACAACUUUUGGGAUACUGUUCAACACCAAAUAAAGGUUAUGCUGCUUGUUUUAAUUUCGUGCCCUCCCCUACCCCCAUCUCUUUUGGCUUAUUAGGAAGAAAUGGUAUAACUUUUGUCUUUGCUAAAAUUUUAGCAGUCCAUAGUCUCUGGCUACACAUGGAAGGACAAUCCAGAGAACACUUUAGAAAUCGUGCACCCUUCAUUAACAUUUUCUACUGGCAGAGGCAGCAAAUUGUGACACCUGAGAUCUGUAGUUAUGUGCAUGAUUUUUUUGUGUUGACUUUUUUCUUGGAAAUAGGGUAUAAUAUAAACUUCUUUUUGGUGGCUUGGCUUACAGGUCAAGAAUAGUAUUAUUGUCAUUCUUUAGGAAUCUCAUUUUACAGCGAGUAAAAAUACUUAGACAUGUUGUAAAGUCCUAGGCAUGAACAUGUGUUUUGUGGUAAGGGAAGAGAGUAGUGCAGUUUUAAUUGGGUUUUGGGGGACGAUAAACCUAUUGGCUUAGAAAAUCCUACAAAACUCGCUGAUUUGGAAAUAGCAACUUAAAGACUAGUUUGGGGUCCUUUAUUUAAAGGAUGAUACUGGUACAGUACAAAAUCUCCCUCCA